GUGUUGUUGUUGUUGUAUGCUCCUCUUGUAAGCCGUGUGUCUCUACCGUGGCAAAAGGAAAAAAAUAAUAAUAAAAGUACAGUAUGAAUGAAGAGGUGAUACAAUAAUCACGACUCAUCAAAGAAAGAGCAAGCACCACAUGGCAACUUUUUGUGUGUGCAAAUUCCGCUUUGAGGAACUUCCAAGGGCUGGUUAUAUAUUAUUAGUUGUUGGCCCUUUGGAACCCGUCCUUUUUCUUCUUCUUCUUCUUCCCUCCUCCAUUCCCCCCAAAAACAACAACAACAACUCAUCGCAACUCCAGUCCUUCACAAACCAGUGUUUUUCUUUUUUUUUUGCCUCAAUUCUUCUUGUUGCGCACCCCCGCCCCUCCAUCACGCAAUUGGCCCGCGAAAAACAUAAAACCAAUAAUCUUCCCCACACACCUCCUCCCCCUUCCUCCCUCCCUCACUCUUUCUCACUCAUUCCUCCAUUCCCCCCCUUUGUUCCUCUCUUUUUCUUUUUCUUUUCCCUUCUUUCCCCCACUUGUCCGUUUCUCCCUUUUCGCCAUUGAAGCGACCCCAUUAACGCCUUUUUUUCCGGUAACUAUUACAUUAUAACUUAUUACGUGGCGCACAAAAAUAAAAAAAAAAGUUAACAACCUCCACCCCCCCCCUUUUCCCCCCAUAUGCGGUAUUUUAAAGGGGAUCAGCAUAUAUAUAUAUAUAUAAUAUAUAUAUCAAUCGGAC